AGCGUUUUGUUCAUCAGUGGCUCGUUUUGUGUGUGAUCACGAGAAGUUCUGUGGGAUCAAGAACUGUUGUCGUUAGUAUUCAGUGGUAUUCUUUAAUAUUUUUUAGUGAAAAAUGAAGAAUCGUCCAGUUAAGCAUAAAACUAAAAAUGCUUUUCAGUUCAAAACGUUCCAUGAUCGCAUUGCUGAAGUGGACGUACGUCGAUCGGCACUUUACUACGUUGAGCAUGAAUAUGAGGAAUUGGACGAGAACCAGUCCUUCUUUCAGCAAACAAUACAGAAAUGGAGCGCUCUUAAUCUCUCCGAUGAGUAUCAGAAAUUCCAAGCUCCACUACGGGGAAUCGUUACGCUUCCACAAUUAUUACACAAAAGAGAAUUUGUGGUUGGACAUUUGUUAAGCAGUCUUGAUAAUGCCACGGAAUUAUCGUUGCAAGCUCUACUGGAGUUUGUGGUUGUCCUCGCAAGGGAUCUACGAGAGGAUUUUUGUCCAUAUUUUGAGCCAAUAUUCGACAAACUACUUAACUUCUUAGACACGAAGGAUCCCCAUCUCCUCGAAUGGACCUUGUUGUGUUUGGCGUUUCUGUUUAAAAUUAUGCGGAGCUAUCUGCGCAAAAGGCUAGAUCUCAUUUUCGAACGCAUUGUAAUGAUGUUGGACGAUGCGAAACCGCUUCAUAUCAACAACUUCGCCGCAGAAUGCUUCAGCUUUCUUGCCCGCGAUAUCAAGAACAAGCAAGAAAUGGUUUUUAUGGUAACUAACGCUGUAAAAAAUAAUCCUUCUGCGACUACCGGGUGUGGCCGACUAUUGUUCGAAGUUAUGCGAGGCGUCAAUCAACAACUUCAUAGUUGUGCAGAUGAUUUUUGGAAACUUCUUUUUAACUUGCUUAACAGUGUUGAUUCCGGAUUCGAGUCAGAAGUUUUAUUUAAUAUUCUGGUUCAAACCGUUUCUGAUAUGCUGCAAUGCGUUGCUAGUACAAACUUGGCACCCUUUUGGGUCGCUAUUUUUAAAGCUGUUGAAAAUUGUCUGCCCGAUGACGUCGAAAUGGUAAACGAACCAAGUCUGCAUUACAUCAUACAGCUAAUAGGAGUAGCUGUGGAACAUCAACAUGGAAAGUAUGUGAACAACACUACUGAGCUGAUACGUCUUUUAGUGAAGACAGUUAAUCGUAGCGAUUCUGAGAGGAUACUCACUAACGUUACGAAGAUUGCCACCAUCAUGAUGCUUUCGAGGAACCUAAAUAUUACACAGCUGGAUGCCAGCCGUCUAUCAAAGAACAUAAUGGCCAUUGGACCACGAUCACGAGGAGUUUUUGAAGAAUUCGUUCUAGGAGUGGUAGAUUAUUCCAUGUUUGAGAUUCUCAUUAUGCCAGAUUAUAUGAAAUUUUUUGAAAAGAACUGCGAUACGCAAAGCAUCCGACUACUAACGCGAAUAGUGAUGAAAAAGUCGCCGCUUUGCAAAAGCGGAAUCAAUCUACAUCAAUGGAAACAGUUUCCAGUUAGAUUUAAAAUCGAAAACACGAAGCAGCAAAUUAUGGCUUUAUUGAAGGGUGGAUUGAACAAAAAUCAUCGAACAGAUUUUCUGCUGUCAGCUGCACUUUUACCCCAUUUACUGGAUUUUUACAACGACGUGGAGAUACAUCAGUGCAUAGAACAAGAAACUUCUACCAUUCUUUCCGAGUUGAACAGUCACUCCAGCAAACAGCAAAUCAUCGCUUUGCGUAUACUUGUUGAAACCCUCGUGCAUUGCAAUUAUGGCAAUAUACAAAUGUUUAUCACGAUUACCGAAAAGCUUUUACCGAUUGUGGCAAAAACCAAACAGUCCAGUCUGCUGAAUGUAAUAAGUUUGUGCUUGGUUAAGAUUCAUCUAGACAAACCAAAAUUGUUAACGGAUAAGCUGUUUCUAAUAGCCCACGCUCAACUGAGUGACUUUUUGGUAUCGGAACAUCAUAGAACGAGACUGCUAGUAGUUCACAUGUUUUCGCUAUUCAACAACCUUCCGAGGCUUUCUAUAAAAAAUGAAGAACAAACGUUAUUCGAGGUACUUUAUGCCAUAGAAACCGUUGAACCGAACAUCCAUACCUAUCGCGAACAAGUAAUGCAGCUCAAAAAGCUGGAAUUCGAGUCCAACCUGUUCCAAGGAAUGAGCGAUGAAUCCUUUCGUUUGGAUGCGAUGAGAUUUGUACUCUCAAUGUUGUCUGUAAACUUUAAGUUGCUGUGGGUCCCUGCCAGUGAAGUGUUGCAAUCGUACGCUGAAGAGUUUGUUGUGUCUGAUUUUUGGAAAAUAUACAAGCAACAGUUGGAUUACACAUUGGAGUGUAUUAAUUGUCCUGAAACGCUUCACGACGAGAACGGUGACGACGAUUGUUUUGGUCUUGUUAGCGAGGAAAACGACGAGAAAAUAGACAUGAUCAAUUAUCGUGUUCAACUGCUGGUCACGCUGUCUAAGUUGAAUAGAGUUUUUGAAUCAAAGAAUCGUGAUAUCGUGGAAGCGUUCCUGAAUUUCAUUCAAACGGAAUACAGAGUGAGGCAGCAUACUGACGCGGAAGCCAGCGAAUCCAUUCCCAAAGCAACCCAGAAGAUUCUCAUUGCCUAUUUAAACAUAUUUGCAAAAGUUAAAAAUCCCAAAACUAUAUUCAAGUCGGAGAAGUUGUACGAGUUGUUUGAAGAGCUGUUGGCACAUCGCAGUUUCGAGGUCCAGAAACUGGCCCUGGAUUGUAUAUUUACGUACAACAAUGCAGCUGUAACACCAUACAAAGAGAAUUUAUAUCGUCUGACCAGCGAUAAGACAAUUAAAGAAGAAAUGCAAAACUUUUUCAAAGAGGACACCGAAAAUGAUGGAGUAUUGCAAUGUGUAAUACUGGAUGCGCAUCGUUCGGAGGUGGUCCCCUUGAUAAUGAAAAUCGUGCACACCAAAAUGGCUUUGAAAGUGACACCCACAGAACUGAAGGCCCUUCUUAUGCGAUUCGUAGGAAACUUCCGCGAGAACGAAAUCAACCUCUUUAUAAGCAUGUCGUUUUCAUAUUUUGAAAACUUACUCCGUUCCGAUCCUUUUGAAACGUAUCAGGCAAUCACCGAAUGCAACACACGUUUCGAGGAUGAUCUUCCCAUUUACCGCAUCCAGGUGUUGAUCAAGAUGAUCGAAAAUAUACGAGAGCAGUUCGGUGGUUUGAAAGACGAGUCAUUUAUGCAGUACUUGGUUCACAUCAAAUUGUGUAUGGACUCGAUCCUGAUGCAGAUGGAACAUUCAACGGUGAAGCAGUUGAAAUCGCAAGCUCUCAUAAAUUUGGUUGAAUUCUUUGAUCAUUUUGAUAAUUACCCGUGGACAUCCAAGGAAAUUGACACCGUUUUCGCCAUUUAUGUUCAACCUCAGCUGGUAAAGCUAGAAACUGAAUGCAUUCACUCGCCGACACCCCUUUUGAAAUUGUUUAUUACAUGGAGCAAGAAUCCCCGCUACUAUCAGCUUCUAGUGCGAUCUUUAUCCAGUGAAGGGUUUGAUAUAAAAUUUACGCCACUGGCUUACAUUGUUAGCUUACUGAAUGGAGAAAAGACAAGUGAUGCGGUGUGUCAAGAGAUUAUGAAAAUGGUUACUAGUAUGCUCAUCCUUGACACCAGCGAAACAGAAAUUAUGGAGGUACACAAUAGUUUACUGGUGAACAGAAAUCAGUUGAUCGAAAACGGCGUGAACCUUGGAAGCCAUCUGCUCAUGCCCUUCGUCAUGAACAUCAUAUCGUAUAUCCAAAAAAUAAUGAUGCGUAAACGGUCCAUUAACAAAGACCAUUUGUUGGUGUUGUCUCGAAUCGCUGACCACGUUAAAAAUGAAGAAUCUUGUGAUGCUAUUACGGACAUGUUGCUACCGAUGGUGGUGCGAAAGGUGACACUUCCCAAUGUAGAUGUGGAGUCGAUCCAACAAAUGCAUGCGGCAAUGUAUUCACUAAUGAAAAGGAUACCGCAUCCGGAGAAGCACUUGCGAAGGAUUGGUAUUUUGCUGGAGCGUGUUUUAGAUCUUGCAACCAGGAAAAUACUUAGUCAAAUGAUUCGGCUUAUAUCGGAGAAAUCUCCGGAACAUACUACCUGCGCUUCGAUUCUGGAAAACAUGAAUGCAAUGGAUAGACGAUGGCUAGAGCAACCUGAUUACGAACGGAGACUUGGAGCUUUCCGGACUAUUGAUCGAAUGAUGGAAAAUGGAGAAACGCUCGGGAUCGAUCUGACCCUUCUGUUUGUACACCAAUGUUUCUACUAUUUGAAGACAGACAGUGACCUGGCCGUACGAGACAACACUAAUCAUUUCUUGCGAAAAGUUACAGUACAUUCGAUAAAAACGUUUGGAACAGACAGAAAAGAGGAAACUCUAUAUUUGAUUGAACGUGUUAUAUUAUCUGCACUGAUGAAAGGUAUCAAAGAUAAAAAUGAAACCACUAGAAACGAAAACAUCCAACUUCUAGGAGAUUUGAGUAGAGAGUGUGCCGAAUACUGCAGUGUAUUUGCUGAUCUGCAUCCUUUUACUAAUACCGACGAUCGCGAGAUAGAUUUCUUUGACAACAUCACCCAUUUGCAAAUUCAUCGACACCGGCGUGCUAUGAACAGGUUCUGUAAAACGGCCCAAACACUAUCAAAAUUACCGUCGAAGCAAACGUUAACUAAUUUUGUACUGCCGAUUGUGUCAUCGUAUCUCUGCAACGAGGCCUAUCGCAAAAAGGUUAGACUCACCGACGCAGCCGGAAGCUGUGUGGCACUGAUUGGGCGUAUGCUACCAUGGUCCAGUUAUAAAACACUACUGAAACAAUAUCUCAACAAAAUGAAGCACAACCUUGAAUACCAGAAGCAGCUUCUACGGCUCGUUGUAGCAUUGUUAGAUAAUUUCCAUUAUGACCUUUCCCAAGCCGACACGGGAUUUUUGCAAGAUAUUGGAGGCCUAGUACAACUAGCAUCUGUUAAAUCAAGUGAGACUGACAACCUUGAGAACGUUACUAAUGCUGAUCAGGAACUACAAAAAGAGUCUUCCGAUGAAUUACAUUUAAAUGACGAAGAUAAUGAUUGCGACCAGGACGAAGAAUCUACCAAAAUCUCAGUUUGUCAAAUCUCCUUCGCCAGUAUGACUAUUUUAACGAAAGAAAAUGCAGAAACUGUCAUGUAUGAGAUUUCAAAAGUUUUGAUUCCGGAUCUGUUCUCUACUAUAAAUUAUAAGGAAAUUCCAGACUCUAUUAAGUUGAAUGAACGCAAGGAACGAUAUCAACGUGAGAAAGAAGAAAUGUCCAAAAUACCAGUUGCAAUUGCCAUUGUCAAGCUUCUGCAAAAAUUACCUUCUAAAUUCAUGGAUUUGAAUUUGCCUAAGUUAUUAAUGAAGGUAAUUAAUUUUUUGAAGUCUAAUCUGAAACAAGUUCGGAGCAUAGCAAGAGAAACACUGAGAAACAUGCUGCUUUCUGUUGGGCCACCGCUUUUAAGAACCAUUUUGGAGAACUUGUCAGCCAUGCUUUCCAGAGGUUUCCAACGACAUGUGAUGGUGGUCACUGUGCAUACCUUGCUAGAUACCGUCAAAGAACAGUUAAAUGCUGAAAUUGUUGAUGAUAUUUUGCAACUGGUUCUGAACAUAUGCAUCAACGACAUAUUCGGUCGUCUGUCGGAAGAAAAAGAAGUUGGAUCCGUUAUAAGCAAAACACCGGAAGCAAAGCCUAACAAAAAAAGUUUCCUAACACUACACAUUUUAGCGAAGAAAAUGAGUGAAAAAUCAACUUUGGAUUUGAUUAUGCCCUUCAAGGAGAUUAUUGCAAAGACUAACUCGAGGAAGACCGUAAUCAAAGUGGAGGAGGCACUGGGCAAAAUCGCGGAUGGAAUAUGCCUCAACGAAAAUAUUAGCGUGGAAUCCGUGUUAAUAUUUGUCUUUGGCAUCACUUCGGAAAGUAUACCGAAUCUGGUUUGUGGAGCUAAACAAACCAAUCUUACCGAUAAGCAGAAAACAAAAAUUAAAGAAAAGAGGUCGGAUAUCUAUCUGAUCCCAGCUGAACCGAAACGAAGAGGUGCCUUUAACCAAAUUUCACUAGUAACCAGUGCAAGGACUAAUGCCCAUGUUUUCGUCGAAAUGGGUCUGGAAAUAUUACACACUCUGAUAAAGAGAAACCAAGUGCUCUCACUAGAUUAUGAGGCCUUUUUAGAUCCCCUUGUACCCAUAUUGGUAGACUCUUUGAAUAGCAAUCAUAUCAAGGUUACUACACUGAGUAUCAAAUGUAUUGCUUCAAUCUGGUCCAGUAAGUUGGAAUUGUCGAGCAUUAAAGGGAAUAUAGCAACAAUUGUGGACAAUUUGCUAAAGCUCUUGCACAAAUACGCCACCGCAGUUGUAGGUCGAAGAGACGACAACUUUCAGUUAGUGAAAAACAGUUUCAAAGCAGUUGUUACGUUAUUGAAGUUCGUAAAAUACUUUGAAGUCAAUAUCGACCAGCUCAAUAUGUUAUUGUUGUACGUAGAACAGGAUCUGUAUCAUAACGAAAAACAAAAUAUGGCUCUGAUAUUGUUGCGAUCUAUUAUUGGAAGGAAGCUGAGGGCGACUGAGAUGCCAACAAUUAUCAAAAAAGUCGCCGAGCUAAGUAUUACACACGACACACCGAAAAUCAGAGAGGACUGCCGACAGAUUGUUCUGGAGUAUUUGCUGACCUACACACUCGGCAAAACCAUCGAUGUAACCGUCAAUUUCUACAUUGGUCAGUUGGAGUAUGAAGUAAUUAGCGGUCGCGAGUCAGCAGUGCAAAUGCUUGAGGCAAUAUUUAAAUCAUUUCCAACGAAUAUGCUGAAUAAUAAAGCAGCGUUCUUCUUCAUAACUGUGGGGAUUCGACUAGUCAACGAAGAGUCAUCAAACUGUCGUGCCCUGGUGGCACAAAGUUUGGAAACUUUGCUCUCGCGGAUAGACCAAUCUUGCUAUAAAGAACUGUUGGAACUUAUUCAAACAAUGCUCCAGGGUGCUAAAAUGAGUCAUCGAGAAUUGGCAGCCCAGUUAAUCAUCCGGAUGGUGAACGUUGAGAAAGAAUCGUUCAGCGCAAGGCUAGAGCAAGUGAUCCCUCCGUUGCUUUUCACGAUCACUGACACAAACGAUGAAUGUUCAGGGAAGUUUGUCAAGUUGAAAUCGAGUGCAGUACCACGUGAAGACAGCGUUGAGAUGCAGAAAGCCAAAGAUCAUUCUCUCGUUCAAACUUUGAACGCCUUCACGCGAAUCUUUGAAGAAUGUCCUCAAAUUCUGACAGGUCAACGAUAUCCCGAAUUUAUUGAUGAGCUAUCAUAUAGCUUACAGUCCCUAAUGUCUCAUGGUCAUCAAUGGAUUCGAUUUGCUGCUUUGAAGCUAGUAGGUUUGAUACUGAGUGCAAUUGAUUUCGACAUAGUUCACAAAGCGCUGCAAGGCGAAGAAUUAAGAACAAAUCAGCGUUACAUCUAUGGAAAUCCUCGUUCAGAUGUGCGAUCACUAGUGCUGGAUAUGUGUUCCCAAUUGGUUCCAGCCGAAACUGAAGACGACGUUGCUUCUCUAGUGGCCCAAAAUCUGCUCCUGGUUGCCAAUAUCCUAAAAGUAAUUCCUCUGCAAACCAAUGUAGAAAAGUUGGAAAAUCACAAUGCAUCCAAAGACAUCAACGUUGCUUGGUUGAUACGGAGAGUGCGAUAUGUCCUGCAGAGCGAAGUUGCUAAAGCUCCUAAAUCGAUUGUAUUGCGUAAACACAUGUUCCAAUGGAUGGAGGCUCUGAUUGGUAUAUUAGACAAAAACAUGGCGGAAUCCAUCGCCCCCGCAAUACUAUCUCCAGUAACGCGAGAGUUAAGCGACAAAGAUCAUCUUAACUCGACACUGAAGACAAUUGUGAUGCGGCUGGGAAAUCGGGUGAAAUCAAAGAUCGGUGGCGAAAAGUACGACGAAAUUCGUCUGCACAUGCAAUCCAAGAUUCUCGAGAAACGUGGUGCGCGUCAACGGGCCAUAGCAGUAGAAAAAAUCAACAAUCCUCUACAGGCUGUGAAGCGAAAGGCUGCUAUCAAAAACCGGAAAAAGGUUGCUAAAAAGCAGAAGCUGGAAACUAUGCGAUCUAUUGGCAAAACUGCUUACAGAAGUUCUGCGAGCACAAAAAGCAAACGACGAAGAAUGGAAGAUUUGUUUCAAUAGUACUUUUAAGAUUGUGUUUCGCAGUGUAUCGAUGGUUAAAAAAUACAUAUUGUUAAUCGAUUACUCUA